GCAAAAUUUAAUCUAAAUAAAUUAAUCAAAAUUUGAUAUAUCUUUUAACUCACAAGUUUGUUAUUAAUCUUAAUUUUUGCGCUUCAUUUUAGAAAAAUUUUAGUUAGAAUCAGAUAGUCUAAAAAAUGAUGGCCUUUACUGAAAGAGGAUUUAUAUGGAUAAAAACAAUUGAAAACAAGAAAGCAAAACAGUAGGGUAAUUUAAAAGAUGAUUAGUCUUAAAGUACCUAAGAUAGUAAGCUAAUGAGCUAGAGUGAUAACCAGGAAAUCAAAUAUGAAUAAGUAGAAAAAGUUUUUGAGAAUAUUUUCUUAAUUAAAAAAGAAAGCUGGUCUUUGCAAAUUGAAAAAUUCCUUGUCGAAAAGUAAAACAGAUCAAAAGAAUAGAAUAAAAUAGAUAAUUUGAAAGUUAUUAAAGAAAAUAAUGACUCAAACAUCAUCAUAGAAAUCAAUAGCAAGCAAGAAAUUAAUUCUAAGCAAGAAGAUGGAAAACAAAUAAUAGAAAAAUUUUAGUACCUUAGAACAACAUAGGAAUUUAAAGAUAUGCUUGUGUUCAAUAAAUCUAUAAAAAGCAGCCCUUUAGGAUUACAAACAAUAGAAGGAAGCACCUAUGAAUUUGGUGAUUAUAUCAUUAGAAUAGGAAGAAUAGCAAGACAAAAGAAAGUUAAGAUAUAAAUAGAGUAUACUCCUAGUAAAUAUGAAAUUGGAUAAAACCCAAAUUUGGAAGAUUAUGCAAAUAAAGUUAUUAAACCUGUCCUUCAACAUCUAUUUCAAAAUUUAGAAGAGUUUAAAGAUAUAAGAGAAGGAAUCUCUGAAAAAGAAUUAGACACACAAGAGUAUAAGUACUAAUAACUAUCUAAAGAAUUAUAAGAUAUACCUCACCCUUUCAAAUCAACAAGACUUUUUAUAAAAAGCUAUUUUAUUGAAACAGCUACAAAAUGAUUUUAAUUAUUUAAUGUGGAUCUAAGUUUUUUUUAUUGGUUAUUGUAAAUGGCUUUAAAACAAUUUCAUAUUUUACUGCAGAAUGCAUACUUUUAUUUAUGUAUCUAUCUGAAUGGACAAUAAAUAAACAAAAAAUAUAAAUACAUUAAUCAGGUUUGAUCAUAUUUAAUUGGAUGGAAUACAAUUGACAAUAUUAGGAUUAUGAAUAUACAUGAUAUGCAACAUAUAAACUAAUAUUGACUAAAUUAACUAUUAAAUUAAUAUUAAUUAAAGCUUAUAUUAAGCUAACUUAUAAAUAAAUUUAAAUGUCUGCCUAUAUAAUUGCUUAAUUUUUGAAAUUUAUCUCUUAGCUAGGUAGGUAUGUAGAUACAUAGUAAAUAAUUAUCUUCUU